AUGACUAUUCGAGUGAUAAUUCUGGUCUCAAAGGCAGCUAUUUUUAGUAUAUUAAAGCCGAACGCAUACAUCGGUGCUCAGGGACCCAAUGAAUUCACCAUAGUCGACUUUUGGUCCAUGAUAUGGCAAAGCGAGUCCCAUAUCAUCGUUAUGCUGACCAAAGUGUUUGAUUUCAUACGUGUUAUGUGCGCCCAAUACUGGCCACAAACGGUCGACUCGUCUGAAAUCUACGGACAAUUUGAAGUCACUUUAAUAGAUGAGGAGAAGACCGCCGAUUAUGUCAUCCGAACCAUUAAACUUGGAUGGACCAAAUGUAGUCAUUUUCAGUCAUAA